AUGCUGCAGCAGAGAGGUUCCAGAGCGCUCCGGCCCUUGCUCUCUCGGAGCGGUUUGCUCGUGUUCCAUCAAAUUCCAAGUUGGAGGCAAGGUCUCGAAGCAAUCUGCCAUGCAGAUUUCACUACAUCGCCUCACCGCAGCUUAGCAACACAAUCCGCAGCAUCCAGUAAAAAACUUUACGCAGACAAAGGAAAUGAACCUGGACUAUCAGACCAGUCCAACGGUCCAUCGCGGAACUCCAUCUAUCCCCAUUCAAAGGCUGCUGAACGUCGUCAUCCACAUGCACCACAACUGUUCCAGCAUUUCAGGAGGCGCGGUGUUGGCGUGAGCCUACCACAAUCCAAGACACCCAAGGAGCAGGUGUCGAGCGACACCUACAUCUUGCGCAACAUCUCCACCGACCCCGAACUCAAGCAGCUCUACACGUCGCUGGGAAAAGCAGCGGACAGCCAUGAUCCUGUUCAAGCUACCAAGCUUUGUCAGCUUAUCAAGGAAAGGAAGGAGAAGAUAUCCUCUGCUGGCACCUUCGAGUCAAAAGAGAAGAUCGUCUUUUUCGCAGUGAUGCGUGCUCUUGCUUUUCACGGUUUUCUGGAAGAGACUCAAGCAGUUCACGCGGACAUGCUCUCAGUCGGUUUCGAGGAUUGUAUCGAGUCGCUCAAUCUCCUGCUUCAGGCCGCCGUCGUCUCCGGCGACCAGGAUGCAACUAGUGCCAUCCUUGAGCGCAUCUUUGCUCUGCAAUCUCCUUCCUCGUCAACCUCAAACAGCUCGGCGGUAGAGCUCGCGAAUCUCCUUCUCAAAGGCGACGAAAGCUCACUGUCGUCGAGGUCCAGCCGUGGACUGACGCUAUCGUUACAAAAGACGCGUAACUGGAAUGUAUCGACAUUUGCACAUAUGACUCACAACGCGUUUCAAGAUUACAACCUAGAGUACGCACUCUUGCUCCUGUCCUCUUGCUACCGCCUCGGUUUUCAACUACCUCACGAGUCGCUCAAGCAUCUGAUUGGCCUCUGCCUCCAUACCGAGGAGUUCAGAGCCGCAGUCGAGCUCGCCGAUCUCAUCGAGCAAGGAGGCUUGGUGUACUCCGAAGCCUCACGAGGAGAGGGGAGCACGUCCGGGCUAGACGCCCAGGAUCUCCUUCGCUCCGAAGCAAGAAGCGGUCAAGUUGCUCGCCGACUUCCGCCAAGCCUGUGGAUGUCGAUCUUGCGAUCCUGCGCCGAAGGCGGAUAUCUGCCAGGUGUCGAACUUGCCUGGUUUCGCGCGGUGAAGCAAGGACUCCUGUCGCCUGACGACGGUCUUGUCCUCCAGAUCCUAUCCCUCGCUGCCAAAGAAGGAAGUGUGCAGAUGGCUCGUAUAUCUCUUCGCCAUAUCGACCCCACCUAUGAGGCGCAAGAUUUCAACUCAAAAACCGAAAGCAAUCACGAAGACUCUGCGCAACCAUUGAGAAGGCCAUCGCCUGCUUCCAAACGCAUCGAAAUCCAAGAAUGGCAUUUGGCGCCCCUUUUCGAAGCGCAAUGCAGUGCGAAAGACUACAGCGGGGCCAUGCGCACGCUUCAUACGUACCACCAUCGCGGGUUCCGCAUCACCGAUCGCAUCACUUCGAGAAUCAGUACCUCCAUCUAUCGCGACAAGACCUGGCUACAAGCUGCUCUUGAUGCACUUGCUAGCACUGCCACCAAUUCCGCUGUCGGGACUCACACUGCGGUCGUCAACGCUGUACUCAGCGCAGCUGUGUGGCUUGGUGAUUUGGCGCAAGCCCUGGAAAUCUAUCGCGCUAUGCCUUCCUACUAUACUUUCACAGACAAGGACGGCGGCAGACCGCCCCGCCAGGCCUUGGCGAUCAAGCCGAACCUUGACACUUUCAACACGCUUCUCAAUGGUUGCAUCGAUGCCGCCGACUACGAGACCGGAGUCAAGCUGCUCAAAGAUCUCAACGAGCUGCGCAUCCGGCCCGAUCUGGUGACAUUUGAGCGAAUGAUCGUCUUGUGCCUAACGCAGCGUAACUACGACAAUGCCUUCGGGUUUGUUGAAGAAGCCAAAGAGAAGGGUAUCAAGCCGAGCCGCAAGAGCUAUGAGGCUCUCGUUCGCAAAUGCUUCAGUGAGAAAGACCAUCGAUGGGAAGGCGUCCUUGCAGAUAUGUCGGACCACGGCUACCGCCCUAGCCCUAAACUUUUGCGUGCGCUUGGGCUUGACCCUGAUUGGUACGACGAUAGAUCCACAUCCUCACGUUCUCGCUAUCGAUCCUGA